GUUUGCUUUCAGACCAAUCAGGUGCAGGAACGAAGCAGAACCAGGAAGUUAGAAACAGGGCGAAGAAGUUAGACGACACUGUGGGAAAUAUUUUUGAUAAAUAGUUUAAACUUGAGGUCACAGUGACUUAUCUGAAGCAUGGAGUUAAAGGACGUGGAGAGGCGCUGCUGUGUUGUGAAGGUGUCAGAGGCGUCUUCGGCAAAGAAACCGGUGAGCUGCAGCGGAGUUGUUGUCCACCCUCGAACAGGAAUCAUCAUAUGCACCGGACUCCCGUUUUCACGUUUCAUCACCGACGGAGACCCCCUCUACUGGGACCACGACUUCUUGCCACCUCGCAGCUUCAGUGCCAAACUUCAAAUCCGCGUCAGCUUUCCAACUGACACCAAGCAGAGCGCACAGAGAGCAACAAUCACACCCUCCAGAAGCAAAACGGCAGCAGGGCAGAAGGAGGCUGCAGCCGAGCUGCUGAUGCUGGUUAACUGCAUGGAGUUUAAACACGCUUUCCAGGCAGUUUUUCAGGAGGCUGACCAGUGGCGUUUCCAUUGUGAUGAGGAGGAUCAGGAGCUGCUCAGAGAUUUCCAAUUCCUCAGCUGGUUUGCUGUACUCAGGGCAGGUGUGGUGCUAGACAGCAGCCAGGAUUCAGGUACCAUCCCCUGGAAGAGCAGUGUGCCUCUCCAGAAGGGCUGCCCUGUUGUUGCCUGCGGCUCACCUUUUGGCUCCCUCUGCUUGGAUCUCUUCAUCAGCACCCUCAGCAGAGGUAUCAUCAGUAACCUCGCUGGAGAAGAUAACGCUGUCAUCCUCACAGAUGCCCGCUGCCUGCCAGGCACAGAAGGUGGAGGGUUGUUUGUGGUGAAAGGUGCAGGCAGCGUGCACCUCAUCGGGCUGAUCGUGUCUCCAUUUGGCUGGAAGGCCAAUGAGUGGAUUGGCCUCACUCUGGUCUGCUCUGCCCAGUUGGUCUUCAGGAAUCUCAUCAGCUGCAUGAGUGUCCAGGAUCCCCUCAGAAAUGUUUGGCUUCAUCCAGGAGAGUCAGGCAUCCGGAUGUCCACCGCUGCUCACGAGUCAAAAGCUGUUAAAUACCCCACUGUUUGCUUUGUGGACAGCGGGCAGUUCUGGGGUUCAGGGGUUGUUGUUGGCUCUCGAUUGGUUGCGACGUGCAGGCAUGUUGUCAACAGGAAGUCUAAAGUCCGCUUGAAGUUCCACCACAGGGACAGAGUCCAUGAUUCAGUGGGUGAUGUCCUUUUUUCCACUAAAGCAUCUUCACCCUAUGACCUCGCUUUGGUGCAGCUCAGAGAGGCUGUCCCAGAAGCUGUGGUCUCACGGAUGUGUCAGAGUUUCAUUCCAGGUGACUCUGUAGUUGUCGUCGGAUACGGUGGGCUGGGUCGAAGCUGCGGUCCGUCCCUGACCUGCGGCGUCCUCUCCAAAGCCAUUAGCUGGAAUUGCCAGCCUGUCAUGCUCCAGACCACAUGUGCAGUACAAGCGGGGACCAGCGGGGGUGCUGUGGUGCAGAGAUGCUCAGGAGAGCUGCUGGGGAUCGUUUCCAGCAACACGCGAGACAUGGCCACUAAAGUGACUUACCCACACCUGAACUUCAGCGUCCCAGUGACUGUUUUCCAGAGAUUGUUGCAGCACUUUGAGCAGACAAAGGAUGUUAAUGUAUUCAGGGAGCUGGACAGCACAGAAAAAGAAAUCAGGAGGGUGUGGAGACUACAAGGUGCUCAGAGCAAACUGUAACCAAGGACCCCUGCACUACACUGACACGUAAUAGAGAUAACAAGUCAGAAUGAAUUAGAUGAGAUGUUUGCAACUGAAGGAAUAAUUACUGCUUAAUUGUCAUCUCAGAGUCAUGUGGUUAACCAGAAAGUCUUUAUAAGGAUACUAAUGUUUACAGGCACUUUAAGUACAUUUAUACCUGUUUAAUUGCACAAUAAUGACAUUAAAUUAAUUUUUUUUCAGCU